UUUAGUGAUAAAUAGAUUGUCGCUGGGCUACGGCUCAUUUGAAUAUUUUGAGGCGUGGUUUCCUCACAGCUCUUUUUGUGCAAACAUGACUGAGUGUCAUUCCAGUUUAUCUAAUGUGUUGUGUUAUGCCACUAUACAGUAUAUGACCAAUGAGCGUGUCUUGUGAAAGACUAGCGUAUGGCCUUCUGUCAAGUGAGAACGCUUGUCUUAAGUCAGUGGUUCUCAAGUCUCUCCUCAGCAACCACCCCCCCCCCCCCCCAGCAGUUCCAGAGCUAGCACACCUGAUUCAACUUAUAAAUUAACACAAUAAUAACUGUUAUGGAAUUUUUACAAUAUAAUAUGGCUAACCAGAAUUAAAAACAAACCUGUAUGGGUCUUCAAAAAUAUCUACAAAGAACCUUUGAGAUUGAGGAAGGUAGGUCUGAUGGCUGUAUACAUGUGUGUGUAUCGGUGUUGCUCAAAUUGAUCCCAAAAUUCUGUAUUCGAAGAACUGAUGCUCAUACAUGUGUUCAUUUAUGAAAAUACGUAAGUUGGAGAACCAGAGCUCUUGAUUUCAUGCUGUUUUUCCUGUCUCCGCUCUCUUUCUCUCAUUUGAUGUGAUGGGACCAUGUGAGGGGGAGGUGCGUGUGUUGGAGCGGGAGCUGGCGGGGGCCUUGAGGAGGGCUCAGCAGCAGGAGGCACGGGCGCUGGAGCAGCAGAGGGAGCUCCUGGAGACACUAUGUCGGGCCAACACCAGAGAGGCAUCUGCAGAGAAGGUGGCCCUGGAGACCCUGAGGAGAAGCCAGGAGCAGGAGGCCCGCUCCCUGCAGAGGGAGAGGGAAGACCUGCAGAGAGAGCGAGUGGAGUUGCAGAUGGAGAAGGAAAGGAUGCAAAGGGAGAGGGAGGAGCUGGAGUGCUUAACCUCUUGAACCUCUGGGGGCAGUAUUUCAUUUUUGGAUGAAAAACGUUCCCAUUUUAAACAAGAUAUUUUGUCACGAAAGAUGCUCGACUAUGCAUAUAAUUGACAGCUUUGGAAAGAAAACACUCUGACGUUUCCAAAACUGCAAAGAUAUUAUCUGUGAGUGCCACAGAACUGAUGCUACAGGCAAAACCAAGAUGAAAUUUCAAACAGGAAAUGCCCCAGAUGUUGAAUGCGCUGUGUUCCAAUGUCUCCUUAUAUGGCUGUGAAUGCGCAAGGAAUGAGCCUACACUUUCUGUCGUUUCCCCAAAGUGUCUGCAGCAUUGUGACGUAUUUGUAGGCAUAUCAUUGGAAGAUUGACCAUAAGAGACUACAUUUACCAGGUGUCCGCCUGGUGUCCUCCGUCAAAAUUAUUGCGUAAUCUCCAGCUGAAUGCACGUUUCCAUUUGGUUCAGAAGAGAAAGGCAACUGCCACGAAUGAUUUACCAUCGAAUAGAUAUGUGAAAAACACCUUGAGGAUUGAUUCUAAACAACGUUUGCCAUAUUUCUGUCGAUAUUAUGGAGUUAAUUUGGAAAAAAGUUCGGCGUUGUAAUGACUGAAUUUUCAUUUUUUUUUCUUAGCCAAACGUGAUGAACAAAACGGAGAGAUUUCUCCUACACAAAUAAUGUUUUUGGAAAAACUGAACAUUUGCUAUCUAACUGAGAGUCUCCUCAUUGAAAACAUCCAAAGUUCUUCAAAGGGCCGGAUCGAGGAACGGGAAUGCAGAAGCGCUGUCCCGACGCGACCAAGACGGUGCGUCUGGCGCCCGACCCUCCGUUUCGGUCCUGGGGGGGAAGGUAUGUGGAAGGACCACCAGAGGGCAGGCUGGGCUCACGGAUAGUAGCCCAACAAGGCAUGGGAGACAAGGUAACCAGAGGCAAUUAAGCACAGCUGACGGUACUAAUGACAUACUCUCCUUCCCCUAUAAGAGAGAGAAUGGAACCAGCAGAGAAAGGAGGGGAAAACUAUCUCUGGAAGAUAACCACCGAGAGAGAGAAGCUAUCCAGGAAGAACCACUAAGACGGUGACAAUCCCGUGACUUUUUGUUGUAGUUUAAAGAUAAUCCUAUUGUGUUCCUGUUUCAUCUGGAGAAGAAGAUGUAUGUUUUUCCUUGGAAGAUUUUCAUUGAUUAUGUUGGAAUGUUUUUGUUGACCAAAUGCCCUCAAUAGAGAACUGUGUUCAAUCAAGAAAACCUACUCCUGACUCGUUUAUUCCACCUUCCCGCUUUAGAGUGACGCCCAAUUACUUGGUCCGUUCACACAAAAUAAAAGACAAGAAGGGUAAAAUAGUAACAGAUCCGCAGGAUAUUAAUAAAUGCUUUGCACCGUUUUACUCAGAGCUAUACCAAUCAAAAUGCGAUGCUACUGAUCCACAAACUAUGGAACGCUUUCUCGCUGAAUGUGAACUUCCUAAACUAGA